GUGGCCCUGCCCAUAAGAUCUAAGGCAGAUUUUUUUAGAGUACAAACAAAGUCUGCCGUGUCCAGGCUCAAGAAGCGGCCCAGUUCUAGCAUCUAUAGUUAGCAAGCAAUUCAAGGUCAAGCCUCCAAGAUAGUGGGCCCUUCACGAGUGAGAAUCCUAGUGUCAAGUGGUUUUACAGCAACAGAUCAUCAUAAUACAUUGUACAACCACUUCAUUUUAGCCCCUCCCCUCCCCAAACCUGUGCGUGGGAGUGAGCAAAGAUGUCUACCGAGCCCAUCAAUAUUCUCGACUUGGAGACCUCCAAAGAGAGCAUCAGGCUCGAGAUUCACAAGGAACUUAAGAUUAAACAUGGCGCUGAGAAGAUGUUGAAAGCUGCCGUGGAUAGAAAGUCCAAGGCCUAUGCGACAGCUGGUCAAUUUCUCAAAAAGUGCAAUGACAAUUUGGAGACUUUGCACGAUGAGUUGUCUGCACUACAGGCUCAGGCACCCGAUCUGGAAGACGUGAGGAUCAGGGACUCCCCCGGCUCUCCCCCUGCUUACCGCAAGAACUCACAAAUACAAAAUCUAGAGAGCAUGGAAAAACAACUCGCCAUCGAACAACGUGUCAAAUCCGGAGCAGAGUCAAUGAUCAAGGUCUACUCGGGUCGUAAAAGUCGUCACCACGACCGCAAACUACUCAGCGAUGCACAACAAGUGCUUAGUGACUCGAGGACUAAAAUCGAAGUACUUCGUAUGAACAUUAUCAAACUCAAAACUGUGUUGAAUUCUAGUGAAUCGGAAGGGUCCAAAUCUAAAGCUGGUAACAUGGGCCCUAUCUCUCAGACCCCUGUGGCGAGGGUGGAUAUACUCAGAUAUCGUAUUGACGUAGAGUCGAGACUCAUGCAAGGAGCUCGGAGUAUCAUCAAGGCCAACCCUAAUGACAAGAAAAGCAUGCUGUCGGCACAAAAGAGUAUCGAUUUCUCCUUCCAAAAACUUCGUCUCCUCAAACUCUCGUUAGCGAACCGAUUGGAAGAGUUCCCCGAAUUUGCCAAAACUGGGGAACAAAAUGGCGAAUCGUACCCACCCAUGAUGCGUCGUCCUGAACCCAUCACCGGAACUUUCUAUUUAAAGCUCCUCGGUGUUGAAGGGCUUCUCGAUUUUGCUUCCCUUCGUUCUUUACCGGAAUCGGACCCGCCCUGUACUCCGCCUCGUUCCAACUCAACCAGUCAUGUGGUCCGAAACACGGCGAGGAAUUUCAUGACUCUCCCUAACCCCAGUCAUCGUCAGAGAGAGCUGGAACGUGAACGCGAGGCUGCCGAGGACGACGGAGCUUUGGGGAGCUCUGGUGGAGCGUCCCACAACACGUGGUACAGACGAGGGAGCAAACAUGGUCGAAUGUGUGAGGUGUCUGCGUCAGUGUACCUAGACUAUAAAGAGGUGGACCAGACCAAGUGGGCCUACGGGAAUAGUCGAGCGUGGGACAAAGAUCUCAAGAUCGAUCUGCAUCAGAACAGAGAGAUAGAGAUUAUAGUCCACUGCAGGGACGGAGAUUUGACUGUACUCAGUGGCGUGCUGUAUUUGCGACUUGAGGAUUUCUUUGAUACGAAUGGCACAACUUAUUGUCUGCCCCUCGAACCUCAGGGAAUUCUACUGGUAGAGGUGGCGUAUGAGAUACCCAGGACAGAGCGGAGGCAACCAAAGUUGAAAAGAGGAAAACGGAUAUUCCAGAGAGGCAAGGUUCUCCGUCACACAGAGCUCAACACUGACAUCGUAACGUGGACUCGUCUCUUCCAGCGCUCAACCAGAACUAACAACACGGCAGAUUCAACCACCUCCUCCCCUAUGGUGAUAUCAACAUCUGAUACCAAGCCAGACUCGCCCCCUCACUCCCCACACACCUCCGGGGGAAGUACCCCCAAGUCCCCCAUCACUCCAACUUCUCCAUCGUGUUUUCCACCCUCCAAUGCACGCAAGCGGAGUAUACAAGACAGCACCCCCGUGAACGGACUGCCUCCGCCCAUCCCUAUCAGUGACGAGGACUUAAUAAUAGGGGCACCCCCUGGAGCGAGCGAACCAAUCAUCCCCCCUCCGCAAGAGUUUAUCGGAGGCAGCGAGGGGCGUGUCGAGGACAGCACAGGACCUGGUACCCCACGCAGGGUGUUUGAUAAUUGGACCCCAAGCCCCACCCAUCCGUCCAAGCCUACAGAGGUAAAUGGUGGGGAUGUAACAGAUGGCUUUGGUUUGGGGCCAGUACUGGUACAGAUGCCUCCAGGCCCUCUGCUGUUCCAGCUGGCCCCACAGCACAACACGGUAGUGUCCCCUCCCCCUGGUCCGAGACCAUCCUUCCCAGCACCCACACGCUCACCAGCACAUCAGACUCAUCCCUCUGUGCCGCCCCCUCACCCGAUACCCACCCCCCUCUCACCGUCACGUGUGGCACCCCUCCCACCAAUCUCACACCCCCCACCACCCACACAUCCCAAGGUCAAUCGUCGCUCCGUCGACGCGUCACAAUUAGCACCCAUAUAUGGCAAUAAUUCGUCAUUCCAGGAAGCACCCCCUGCGACAGUUGUACCCCACCUGAAGGGCCUGAUUGAUUACGAGUACAUGGCCGUGCUGGGGAGAGGUCACUUUGGAAAGGUUCUGAUGGCUGAGGACAAGAAGAGCAAGGACCUGGUGGCCAUUAAGGUUCUCAAGAAGGGAGACAUUAUUGCUAGGGAUGAGGUAGACAGUUUAAUGUCUGAGAAGAGGAUCUUUGAAACUGUUAACUCCAUUCGCCAUCCCUUCCUGGUCAAUCUCUACUCUUGCUUUCAGACUGAUCAACACGUUUGCUUUGUGAUGGAGUAUGCUUGUGGAGGUGACCUUAUGAUGCACAUUCAUCAGGACAUCUUCAAGGAGCCCAGGGCUAG